AUGUUGUAUCAACAGGUCUUUUUAUCUUUAUUGUGCACAUUGGCAUUGAAAGUUAAUGCUUACCAAGCUGAAGAAAUCCAUGAUAACCCAUCAGAUGUCGUUGCCGUUGCAGAGUUCCCUCAUGGUGGGAAGGGUAUCCUUGGAACCAUGAAGUUCUUCGCGACUAAUGGCACCGUCAAAGUUCAUUGGGACGUCACCAAUUUGCCAAAAAGAAGACACCCGUUACAUUACCACAUCCACGAAAACUCACUCAAUUUCAAAGGUAAAUGCUCUUCUGCUGGUAAAAGAUUCAAUCCUAAUCAAGGGUUUGAAAAAUGCACACCUAAUGAGCAUGAUAGUCUUUGUCAAGUAGGGGAUUUGAGUGGUAAGCAUGGCUGGAUUGCUACUACCUGCUUUGAAACAUCUUUUUACGACCCAUAUCUUUCAUUGAAGCAAGGUGAUCCAAAUAGUAUCAUCGGGAAAUCUAUUGUUGUUCAUUAUUCUGAUUCCAGAAUCAAAAGAAGAAGAAAAAGAAUGGCCUGUGCCAAUAUUGUGUUAUCUUCUGAAACCCCAGAACAUGCCGAUAGGGAAUCUAAAAGAAAUGUCAAGCACAAUAAGGAUUUGGUUGAAGCAAAAAUCCCUGGUUGGGAGCCACAAGAUGCAGAAGAAUCCCAAAUGAUUGAAGAGGCUCAUCAAGAAUGGUUGAAAUAUAACCAACAAGCUGGAGGCAGAAUCAAUGAGAAUGGUGACGCUGAUGAUAAUGUUGAUGAUGAUGACCAAGAUUUCUCUGAGCUCAAUGAGUAUUUUGAAGAAGAAGUUGAAGGGGGUGAUGAAGAUGUGGAUGAUGUUGAUUAUCUUGAGCAAAAAGACCUUGAAGCGUCUGCUGCUUUUGAAGUCUCUAUUGCUCAAAACAAAGAGCCGCAAAAUGUUCAAGAGGGAUCCAUUAUUGCUUCUUCUUCUUCUUCUUUUUCUACCAACAGUACUGAUACCGAUGCUAAUCAAGAAGGUUAUGAAACUGUUUUUCCAGAGGAGCCGCUCAAUGGUGAUGAUCACGAAGAUCAUGAAGACCAUGAAGAUCAUGAAGAUACUUGGAAAAGCGCCAGCAACAAUGCUGCUAGUUUGAGCAAAAACAUUCUUGCUGGUGGGUUUGCAUCGUUGGUGGGGUUCUUAAUUUGA